UGGCCCCGGAAGGAGGAGGAAACUCUGAAAAGAAAACAGCAACAAGCCGAGCUGCUGUGACAGAGGGAAACAAGAUGGCGGCGCCGAAGUGGAGCCUCUGGGUCGGGGCCCAACUGGGGCUCCCGCCGCUGCUGCUGCUGACCAUGGCCCUGGCUGGGGGUUCGGGAACUGCUUCGGCGGAAGCGUUUGACUCGGUCUUGGGUGAUACGGCUUCUUGUCACCGGGCCUGUCAAUUGACGUAUCCCUUGCACACCUACCCCAAGGUGCCUUCCAGUUUGUAUACAGUAGAUCACACAGAGGAGGAGUUAUAUGCAUGUCAAAGAGGUUGCAGGCUGUUUUCAAUUUGUCAGUUUGUGGAUGAUGGAACUGAUUUAAAUCGGACCAAAUUGGAGUGUGAAUCUGCCUGUACAGAAGCAUAUUCCCAAUCUGAUGAGCAAUAUGCUUGCCAUCUUGGUUGCCAGAGUCAGCUGCCAUUUGCUGAACUGAGACAAGAACAACUUAUGUCCCUGAUGCCAAAAAUGCAUUUGCUCUUCCCUCUGACUCUGGUAAGGUCAUUCUGGAGUGACAUGGUGGAUUCUGCACAGAGCUUCAUAACUUCUUCAUGGACUUUUUAUCUUCAAGCUGAUGAUGGAAAAAUAGUUAUAUUCCAGUCUAAGCCAGAAAUCCAGUAUGCACCACAAUUGGAGCAGGAGCCUACAAAUUUGAAAGAAUCAUCACUAAACAAAAUGUCCUCAGAUCUGCAAAUGAGAAGUUCACAAAGACACAGGAACUAUCUCACGGAUGAAGAAAGCAAUGGCUUUUUAAGAUGCCUCUCUCUUAACUCUGGGUGGAUUUUAACCACAACUCUUGUCCUUUCGGUGAUGGUAUUACUCUGGAUUUGUUGUGCAACUGUUGCUACAGCUGUGGAGCAGUAUGUUCCCUCUGAGAAGCUGAGUAUAUAUGGUGACUUGGAAUUUGUGAAUGAACAAAAGCUAAACAGAUACCCAGCUUCUUCUCUUGUGAUUGUUAGAGCUAAAGCUGAAGAUCAUGAAGAAGCAGGGCCUCUACCUACAAAAGUGAACCUUGCUCAUUCAGAAAUUUAAGCUUUGUUUUUUAAGGGUAAUAGACAUCUAAAUUUCCAUUCCUCAUAGAGCUUUUGAAAAUGGUUUCAUUGGAUAUAGGGCUUAAAAAUCACUAUGAAAUGCAAAUAAAGUUACCAAAAUCUGUGAA